UGUGCUUAAUAUUUUUCUAUAAUAAAGAAAAUGCUACUUAACUCAAUAUUACCUUCAAAGUUACUGCUUAAAUAUUUUAAUUUUUUUAAAGAUUAAGGGAGGAAAAAUCUCUUUUUGGCAUUAACGAUGGAUGUCGUGUGGGCUAUUCAGUGCCUCUGUUCAGAAUAUUGUAAAUCCUAGUCUUAAAGUCAGGGACUUUUGGGUUGGAAAUACAUGGGAUGAAAAUGCUCUAGUGGAUUUACUUGGGGAAACUAGAGCGCUAGAGAUGGUACGGAUAGUUGUGGCUGGUACGGAGGGGUCUGAUGUUUAUAUCUUGGAACCGACUCAAGAUGGUAAGUUCUCUACUUCCUCGGCGUGGGAUAUCAUACGGCUUCGUGGUGUGGAGCUGCCCUGGACGGAAUGGCUCUGGCAUAGACUUCUUCCUUGGAGAGUGUCAGUUUGUGUUUGGAAGGCAUCGUUCAAGUGUCUCCCAGUGGAUGAUCGUAUAAUGUCCAUGGGUACCUCCAUGGCAUCCCGUUGUGAUCGUUGUUUGUAAGGAUCCUUUGAAUCUUUGGAUCACGUUUUAUGUUCUGGAGAUAUUGCUAUGGCAGUUUGGCGCAGGGCCUAGGCAGCCUUAGGUGUUGGAUGCAUGGAGACUUCUUCAUGGCGUUCACGCAUAUGUUCUUGGUUCAAUUGUGCGAAAUGCUCCUCCUAGCAUGGUACACUGGUUGGACUACUAUCGUGCCUGAUAACUUGGAGGCUCUGGGCUCGAUGGUGUAAGGCAAGAAUGGAAUCAGUUCUUGAAUCGGCAUAUUCUAUUUGGCUUGCAGUGAAGUUUUGGUCGAAUCAAAUUUCUGAGAAUAUUUCCAAGUGCAGGAGACUUUCACCGAGUGAUUGUGUGAUCCUUAGAGCCAUUAACUUGCCAAUCAAUCAGGUCUCUGUUAGAUGUCCUCAUGUGGUGGUGUGGUGUAAACCAAUGGUAGGGUGGGUGAAAUUAAAUAUUGAUGGGAGUUGCAGGUGAAACCCGAGAUCUUGUGGAGGUGGUGGGGUGAUUAGGGAUCAUAUUGGAAAUGUUAGAGCUGCUUUUUCGGAACAUCUGGGAUUUGGUACCAAUAAUACUGCUGAACUAAGAGCACUUACCAGAGGCAUGGCUGUUUGCAAAAAGUUUGGCUUUUAUCAUGUGAAGAUUGAAUCUGACUCUUCUUUACUUGUUCGCUGGUUGAGCUCGAAGGACUGGAAAUUGUGGUAUCUCUGGGACUAUUGGGAGGAGCUGCUUGAGCGUCUUGAAGGCAUGAGCUACUCAAUAUCGCACAUCUUCCGUGAGGGCAACCAAGUUGCUGAUUUCUUUGCUCGCCAAGGAAAAUCUGGGAUCACUAGGACGUAUGGGGGCUUGGAAAUAUUGUCGCAGGUUGCGAGGGGUCAAUAAAGUGGCCCCGUCUUCCACUCAAAUUUGACUCGAUUGAUCUCCCCAAUUGCAACAUUUGUGGUGAGCUUCUUUGGGACUCUGGAUAUAUAUAAUAUGCUUAAUUAGCUUACUCUUUGCACUUGUGUUCAACCCUUAAUUUUCGUUUACUGCUGUGGAAAACAUACCUAGCUAGCUAGCUUCUCUCAUAAUCCUCUCUCUCUCUCUCUCUCUCUCUCUCUCUCUCCAUGACGAGAGGAAGAGGCAGCUUACGGCUCGCUGGACUUAUGAUGGUCCUGAUUGCUGCUCUGCUCCAACUCCCUCAAACUUUCAGCCUCAAGGAAACUGCUCGGCAUCACUCCUGUGCACCAUCGUGCGGCAAUCUCACAAUAAGCCAUCCGUUUCGACUAAAAGGCGAUCCGCCAAACUGUGGAAGCCCAUGGCCGUAUGAACUCUCAUGCGAGAACAAUUCCACGGUGUUAUACUUGUUUGGUGGAAAGUUCUUCGUACGACAAAUUAAUAACUCCAGAUCCACGAUUCGAGUUGUGGACGCAGGCAUAUUUGAUCAUCAGAAGGAUAAUCACUCCGCCUUCAUCCCUCAUUAUUUUCUAAACCAUGCUAACUUCAGUAUGCUGAGUUUCUAUACCACAGAUAAUUUAAACCUGAAAGGAUCAUUUUGGCCAAGUGCUUCAGAGCUAUCAAACGUGACAGUAAUUCUCAAGUGUCAAAAGGCAGUGAAUUCUCCUUCCUAUCAUGUCUAUUUGAACACUUCCACUUGCUCUGAUAAUUACGGAUCAGCGUCUUCUUCCAACUCUUCUUUGAUAUCCCAUUCCAAACCAUAUUAUACAUAUGUCAAAGUUGGGAAAACGAAUGUGAUGGAUGUGGAGAACUCGUGCAAAAUAGAGCAAAUGUCUCUGACAUCGUGGCCUGGAAGAAUUCCUUCCCCCAAUAUUUCCUGUACAGACCUUCGCAAUAUAUUCCUAUAUGGUUUUGAGCUUUCGUGGAUUGGAUCUGACGAGCUCAAAAUUGUAAAACAUAUCGGACUACUUUCGCUGGGGACAUUUUUUAUCGGUGGAUCAAUAUUGCUUAUCUGUCUACGGCAUUUGGCAACAACUGUAUUAGGCACUCCAUUUGUGAUUGCGUUUAUUAUAUAUAAAUGGCGAAGAAGGCAUUUGUCAAUGUAUGGUGCUAUUGAAAACUUUCUCCAAAACCACAAUAACCUCAUGCUAGUAAGGUACUCUUUCUCAGAACUUAAGAAGAUGACUAGGAAUUUCAAAGAAAAAUUAGGUGAAGGAGGUUAUGGCAUGGUAUUUAAAGGAACUCUCAAAAGCGGACGUCAUGUAGCUGUAAAGGUGCUAGGCAAGUCCAAAACAAAUGGACAAGACUUUAUGAAUGAAGUGGCGACCAUUGGAAGGAUUCAUCAUGUUAAUGUGGUGCAACUCAUUGGCUUUUGUGUUCAUGGAUCAAAGUCUGCUCUUAUAUAUGAGUUCAUGGCUAAUGGCUCUCUAAAUAAGUACAUUUUUUCCUCGGAGGAAAGUAUUGUCCUAAACUACAUGCAAACAUAUAAUAUUGCUCUGGGAGUGGCUCGCGGUAUUGAAUAUUUGCAUCGAGGAUGUGACAUGCAAAUUUUGCAUUUUGAUAUCAAACCUCACAACAUUCUUCUUGACGAGAGUUUUAUCCCUAAAAUCUCUGACUUUGGCCUAGCAAAAUUGUAUUCGGUUGAAGACAAUAUUGUUACUUUGACUGCUGCAAGAGGGACAUUGGGAUACAUGGCUCCAGAAUUGUUUUACAAAAACAUUGGAGGUAUUUCACACAAGGCUGAUGUUUAUAGUUUUGGAAUGCUCUUGAUGGAAAUGGUGGGCAAAAGAAAGAAUUUGAAUGCUUUUGCAGAACACUCAAGCCAAAUUUACUUUCCUACCUGGGUGUAUGAUCAAUUUAGUGAUAAAAAAGAGAUUGAAAUGGGAUAUGCCUUGGAAGAGGAAAAGAAUGUGGCUAAGAAGAUGAUAAUUGUCGCAUUAUGGUGCAUACAGAUGAACCCUGGUAAUCGUCCUUCAAUGAAUAAGGUUUUAGAAAUGCUUGAAGGAGAAGUUGAACAAUUACAAAUACCUCCCAAGCGUCCUCUAUCAUCGCCAGAGAGAAUGACAAAAGAUUCUAAAGAUAAUUCAAGCCCAACUUGUCCAUCAGUUCAAUCAAGUGAACGAACUUAGUAGAGGAAAAGCUAGCAUCCAAGUUUGAUACAGACUACUAUCUUCUCAUAUUUUGUUAAAUAAAAUAUAUUUCAUAUUUAUAUAUAACCUUUAGAGUUAUGAUAUUUCUCACACCUAUCCAGUAAAUUGACUCUCAUUUUGUGAACUUAUGAUGCUUUUCUUUAC